UUUCCAUGACUCUUUCUGUUGUUAACUCCCAGUUUGACACUGCUCUAAGAAUUUCUACAACUGUUCUCACUGAAGCUCAAAGGCCAUGAUUGUUAAAAUAUAUGUUAUUAAACAGCCUUGUCAAGGGAUAUCAAGUUGGCCAGAGCAUAUUAUAAUUUCACCCACUGAACUAGUUUGACAUAAUCUCCCUAGGCACUAAAAGUCACCUGACAGCAACUGUCAAGUUUUCUGUGUAUGCAGAGCUAUUGCCCUACCCUGAAGGUGUCUAACUGUCUCUUUCUCUGAGGUUGUCUAUGAAUUAGGAUGUCCUUAAGAGGGAUUUAUCGUAUUUCAAAAUGACUCCCAACAGUAGUAGGCAUGAUGGCUUCAUUGCGUUUGAUCAGUGGUAUUGCCCUUUAGAUGGUGAACCCCACUAAGCCAGGCGGUAUCCAGAUUGUCAUAUCAUCAUGCCAUCUUUCUUUCAUCCCAGGAUUUCCUGGAGAAGAAUGGCGGAGAAAAAAACAGCUAGUAGGAAGCACAGGGGGGGAAAUGGCAACUGUACAUAUAACUCAUCCAGAUCUCUUUCAAUUUACAAACAAACACGUGGCUCAACUGUUCUGGGGAACUACGGUGGUGUCAGUGAGUGUUUGAGCAUAGUGACGGUGUGUGUGUGUGUGUGACGGUGUGUGUGUGUGUGUGUGUGUGAGAGACAGAGACCAGCGAUGGCAGCCAGUAAGAAUAAGACCCAGAGUUCUCUGGCCCUGCACAAGGUCAUCAUGGUGGGCAGUGGUGGUGUGGGCAAGUCUGCACUCACACUGCAGUUCAUGUACGACGAGUUCGUAGAGGACUACGAGCCCACCAAGGCAGACAGCUACAGGAAGAAGGUAGUGCUGGAUGGAGAGGAGGUCCAGAUCGAUAUCCUGGACACGGCUGGACAGGAGGACUACGCUGCCAUCAGAGACAACUACUUUAGGAGUGGAGAGGGCUUCCUGCUUGUCUUCUCCAUCACAGAACACGAGUCCUUCAUGGCCACUGCAGAGUUCAGGGAGCAGAUCCUGCGUGUGAAAGCAGAGGAGGAUAAGAUUCCUCUGUUGGUGGUGGGGAACAAGUCUGACUUGGAGGACCGCAGACAGGUGUCUGUAGAUGAGGCCCGAGCCAAGGCAGAGGAGUGGGGGGUGCAGUACGUGGAGACAUCAGCCAAGACACGAGCCAACGUCGAUAAGGUAUUCUUUGACCUGAUGCGGGAGGUGCGGGGCAAGAAGAUGUCGGAAAACAAGGACAAAAACGGCAAGGGAAAGCACAAGAAUAAGAACAAGAAGAGUUUCAAAGAGCGAUGCUGUUUACUCUGAACCCAACAUGGACCUUUACAACACAAAACGCCACAAUCUAUCAUUACGCUGAGGAACCAACCAGCUCAGAAUCACAUCAGAGCAUCCAUCCUCACGUUGAGUUGAAAGAUGUCUGUUAGUUUUUAAUCUGGCCAUAGUAGUGUUGUUUAGCAGGUUUGGGGUCAGUUCUAUUUAAACUCAGUCAAUUCUGGAAGUAAACUAAAAUUCAAAUUGCAAUUUUGCUCAUUGCUUUUCAAUAUGGAAAAUUGGAAUUUGGAAUUUCAGUUUACUUGUUGAAGUGAAAUGGAAUUGUUCCCAACCCAGGUGUUUACCACAUUCUCAACCACUGUUUUUGCAUCUAAAACUAAAGGUUUGUUAGAUAUCCUGACCGUUUGUUUUUAAAUGGAAGGUGACCACUGUUCUGCGACUUGGACUGCAAUGCUUGACCUCUCCCCUGAUAACAACAACCCAAUUACCAAACUGCCCCCAACACUAACUUCAGUCUGCUUGGAUCUUGUUCUGUCUAUCUCAAUAUAUCUGUCCUUUAUGAUCAACUUAUGGUCAUGCCAUUUAUUUUAGUCUAGAAUGGAAAUGGAUCUGUGAAUGGGGAUAGGAUCAGUCAAGGACAGAAAUGUAGCGAAACUAUUUUCAGUGCUUUUCAAUGAUGUCUGUCUAUGUGAUAUGGACAUCAGACUAACCUGUGUUUUUUAAUGAACAAAAAUAAUAUUUACUAGUUAGUAAGAGUUGGGGACUAGGACUGAACUUGUCAUUGUUUCCUCUACAAUAGGAUAAAGCAAUUGUCAAUCAAGAAGGCUCAUUGCCUUAGGAUUCAAAACACGUGAUAUUAUUAGGGCCAGUCAGUUUACAUUGUCUGGAAAAACUCCUGUCCCCAGUCUAAGUAUGAUGGAUAUUGAAGUGUGAAGUUGUAAGAGUUUACUAACCAGAGGUCCUGUGGCAAUGGGCAGGCAGUGUAUCUAGAGCCCCCUGCUGGCACUCCCUGGUAAAUACAGGAACUGAAAUGGAACCUCCGCCACAUCCAUUAGUCCAUUAGAUAUGGGUCAGUUGGCACCAUAACUAUCAGCCAGUCACCUUCAGCUUUUUGUUAUUAAUAUUUGUACUUUUUAUGGGUUUUAGUCAAAUGUUUUUUUUUUAUAGAAAGUGCACUACAUUGUUGCCAAUACAUUACAAAAAUAACUGUUGAGAGUUUGUGCCAACAACAUUAAGGAAAACAUGAUAUCGCCUACCAACUAAUCACACCUCUCUAUAUAAAUAAUGUUUGUUAAUUAACUGAGUGAAUGUAUGUGCAACAGACAACAGUUGAUACUUCUGGUUCCUUUGUGUCCGUGUGAAUGAAACCUGGGUCAUGUUAUUUGGCACCAAAUGGAAGAAAAUGGACUGAAACUUUUUAUGUUUUUAUUUUUGGUUGCUGAAAAAUACUUUUUAAACGUAUUGUGCCCUAAUGAACGCCACUCUGGUGAGGGACACUGUGUUUGUUUGCUGUUACUGUUGUAUCAGUCACUCUGUUCUUCCCUACAACAGUAAAGCAAUAUUUCCAACAACUGUCCUAACCAGUCUGCUCUUUUAUAACAAUGUGUGUCCUCUUUUCUGUUCUUUUAAAGCUAGUCUACUGUUGCUAGGUUUUUCACUGUCUUUUCUGAACAACAAAAAAGACUGAAGUAUAUGUUGCCAAAUAAAUGCAUUUUUCUUUGUAA